GAACACGCAUGCUCACGGCAGCCAUUACAAUCCCAUCAUGCAGCAGCCCGCGCUAUUGACUGGUCAUGUGACCCUUCCCGCAGCCCAGCCCUUAAAUGUGGGUGUGGCCCACGUGAUGCGGCAGCAGCCGACCAGCACCACCUCCUCCCGGAAGAGUAAGCAACACCAGUCGUCUGUAAGAAAUGUCUCUACCUGUGAGGUGUCCUCCUCUCAGGCCGUCAGCUCCCCUCAGCGAUCCAAACGCGUCAAGGAGAACACGCCUCCUCGCUGCACCAUGGUGCACAGCAGUCCAGCCUGCAGCACCUCGGUCACCUGCGGCUGGGGUGAUGUGGCCUCCAGCACCAACCGGGAGCGGCAGCGGCAGACGAUUGUCAUUCCUGACACCCCCAGCCCCACGGUCAGCGUCAUCACCAUCAGCAGUGACACAGAUGAGGAGGAAGAACAGAAACACGCCCCCACCAGCACUGUCUCCAAGCAAAGAAAAAACGUCAUCAGCUGUGUCACUGUCCACGACUCUCCCUACUCUGACUCCUCCAGCAACACCAGCCCCUACUCUGUGCAGCAGCGCACCGGGCACAGCACCACCAACACCUUUGACACCAAGGGAGGCCUGGAGAGCCACUGCACGGGGAACCCCAGAACGAUCAUUGUGCCACCCCUGAAAACCCAGGCCAGCGAAGUGUUGGUGGAAUGUGAUAGCCUGGUGCCAGUCAACACCAGUCAUCACUCGUCCUCCUACAAGUCUAAGUCCUCCAGCAAUGUGACCUCCACCAGCGGUCACUCUUCAGGGAGCUCGUCUGGAGCCAUCGCCUACCGGCAGCAGCGGCCAGGCCCCCACUUCCAGCAGCAGCAGCCACUCAAUCUCAGCCAGGCUCAGCAGCACAUCACCGCGGAGCGCACCGGGAGCCACCGACGGCAGCAGGCCUACAUCACUCCCACGAUGGCCCAGGCUCCGUACUCCUUCCCGCACAACAGCCCCAGCCACGGCACUGUCCACCCCCACCUGGCCGCGGCUGCCCACCUCCCCACCCAGCCCCACCUCUACACCUACACGGCACCAGCGGCUCUGGGCUCCACCGGUACUGUGGCCCACCUGGUGGCCUCCCAGGGCUCGGCGCGCCACACUGUGCAGCACACUGCCUACCCGGCCAGCAUCGUCCACCAGGUCCCCGUGAGCAUGGGCCCCCGCGUCCUGCCCUCACCCACCAUCCACCCGAGUCAGUACCCAGCCCAGUUCGCCCACCAGACCUACAUCAGCGCCUCACCAGCCUCCACCGUCUACACUGGAUACCCACUGAGCCCUGCCAAGGUCAACCAGUACCCUUACAUAUAAACACUGGAGGGGGGCGGCAGAGGGAGGACGGGGGGAGGGAAGGAGCUCCUGGGACCGAGGUGGGAGCUGGCUUUUUAUACUGAAGAUGCCGCACACAAACAAUGCAAACGGGGCAGGGGAGGGGGCAGGGAACGGGACGGGACACAGGAAACUUGAACUAGCAAGUGGGAGGGGACUUAGAGCAGAGAAGAGAACAUUUUAAAAAGGAAGGAAUUAAGGAGGGGGGAAAUCUAUGCUUUUUAUUUUAAAAAUGAAAAAGGCAAAAAAAAAGAAAACGUCAGUAACAACACAGCUCACGAACCCAUUCUGUACCAAACUGGAAAGGAGAAGAAGAGAGCAACAGGAAGAUUCUGGAAGUGGGGGGCCCCAGUUUUUGAAGAACUUUAUCUAUGAACUUUUCAAAGAUUAUUUUCGUAUGGCAGCAAGUGACAUUGAAGAAUUUGCUGUCAGAGACACCUGAUAUGGAAAUCCAAUAGAUUUUUAAUUAAUUGAACAUAAGAAUUAGGGAUUUUUCCAGAACUCUAAAGGGUCAGCACCCCUCCAGAAUGUCAGGCUGUGGCCUGAGGAAGCUGAUAUACACGGGUUGGUCUGGGGUUGACAAAACCCAGUUGUGGCUCAUUUGUCAGGAAUGUUGGGGAACGGCCAGGCCAAGGGAAGACCCCCUGGGGAAGGGGCAGAUUUUCUCUUUCUGAGCACUCUGGAUAAAUCCCUAAGCAGUGUUAUUCCUCAAAUAUCAUUAACAAUGUGUGUUGCAAACUUUA